GCACUGUCUAUGUUACUAGGUGGCUGCUGCUCAAACAUGCUGGUAUAUGAGCAGCUGCUCCUCAUGAACCCACGCAUUGGGUCUGCCCUCACCUUCUCUCAGGCAGUCUUCGUCACCGUACUCUCUCUACCAUCAUUCCUGUCGUUCUCGUCUGGUGGAAUUAUACCUCGGCUCAAACCGCGGCAAGUACCCCUAACGCAAUGGGGCUUACAGGUCUUCGUCUUCACAGCUAGUUCUCUUCUUAACAAUUGGUCUUUUGCGUACAAUGUUCCUCUUCCACUUCAGAUCGUGUUUCGCUCAGCAGGUAGAGGUCUUCCUAUCUCCAUGGUAUUUGGCUUUGUCUUUCUGAAGAAACGCUACUCAAUCAUGCAAAUUAUUUCCGUUGGCAUCGUCACAGUUGGAGUUGUGCUUGCCACGCUUUCUCGGACAAGCCCACCGACCAAAGCUACGGAAGCGCCUCUUGACCCCGAAGAAGAGCUGCGAAAAUACGUGAUUGGGGUAUCCAUGCUCGUUGUUUCGUUAAUCUGCACAGGUUUUCUUGGGCUCUUGCAAGAACGGACAUACCGCAAGUACGGCCCUUGUUGGAAGGAAGGUGUGUUUUACACGCAUUUCCUUUCUUUGCCCGCCUUUAUAUUCCUCGGUGCAGAUGUUAAGCAGGGGAUUGCGAGCCUAUCUAGCCCCACCUCAUCUACCCCUGCAUUAACAUCAUACUUAAUCUUGCUCGUGAAUCUUUUCACGCAGUUAUUCUGUGUUUCCGGCGUGAAUCGAUUGAGUUCGAAAGUUUCUUCGGUUUCCACAAACAUUGCAUUGACAGCACGUAAGGCACUGAGUCUGUGUUUUAGCGUUUGGUGGUUCGGCAACGAUUGGAAUUCGCAUUUAGGAAUUGGAGCUUGCAUGGUGUUCAUAGGCAGCAUCUUGUACACGUUCGACGUCAAUACAAAAAGAGAUUGA